UCAGUUUCAGAGACACGAUGGAGACUAAACUUGUGAUCGCGGCCCUGGCCUUUUUGGCGAUUCCGGUUGUGGUUAGCGAAUUUGUCACAAUAGGCGGCGAGCAAUUCUACGCGGAGUACGCUUAUCUGACAAGGGACGAGUCGAUGGCCGCUUGCAACCAACGCAACAUGACCCUUCUCACUUUCGACAAACCUGGAAAGUACGACGCCGUCCUCAAUUGGACAGUGUUCCAAGGCUACCAUUCGCAAGUGUUCUGGACUGGCGCCGUGCGCCCGGAGAACGCGAAGAAGUGGAUUUGGGAGCCGAGUGGUGCUCAGAUUUCACAGUUCCAUUGGGGACUUCUGGAACCCACUGAGGAUCACAACAAAAACACGAUUUGCAUCUAUUUCUGGCCUUAUUUUGGGGGCUGGUUUGACGAGCCUUGUGAUAAUUCGUCCAGCACAGCACUUCUGUGCGAGUUUGUGCAAAAUUGAUAAAAUAUCCAUUGUUGACAGAAUAAAAUAUGAAUGCUGAUUGUAUAAAUUUUAUUUAACAAAU